AUGACUUUCAACCCAGUACGACACGCUUUCCAGACGAUGCUAGCGGACCAGAAGUACCGUGGUCUCCCGCUUCUCACCGCUUCAGACUACACACCUUUUCUCACCUUCAACGCCAAGAACCGUGACGAUUGCAACAACAAGUUGGAUAUUCGUCGCUACGAGGGCGCGGAGAAGGACUCCCGUGGUGCGACGGUGUUCGAGGGCAGUGUUGUUCUCAUCGUUGUUGACGGGUAUGUGAUGGCCAAGGGAAGGAGUACCUCCUCGCCGACGGAUGCGCUGCUGGAUGUGUUCCACAAGGUCGUUACUUUGGCACGAGAGUAUGAGUGA